AUGUCGCUGUUUCUGUGCCUUGUGAGCCUUACUGGUGGCAGUGGCGCUGCUUUAGCACCGGAGGUGGCCUUACCUGUGGGGCGCGUGCAAGGUGUUCAGGAGGGCAACGUCCGCGCCUUUCGCGGCAUCCCCUAUGCCGAGGCACCGCUCGGGCCUCUGCGCUGGCGCCCCCCCGUGGCCUUCAAACCCUGGCAGGGCACCAGGGAUGCCUCGAAGUAUGGGAAGCCCUGCCUGCAAUCCUUUGGAGGCAGCGAGGAUUGUCUCUACUUGAAUGUCUACGCACCAGACAAUCUGACCAAUACAUCACGAGCCCCUUGCCUGGUAUGGAUCCAUGGCGGUGGCUUUGAGUUUGGUUCUGGUGGCGACAUGUACAACGGGACCAAUAUGGUGAGCUUUCUCCACUCCCAGGACAGUCCUGUUGUACUUGUCACGAUGAACUACCGGCUGGGAGUCUUCGGUUUCCUCGGCAGCGAUUUAUUGCGCGAGCGUGAUCCCCUUCGAUCAACCGGCAACUACGGAAUCCAGGAUCAGCGCAUGGCGCUGCGUUGGGUGAAAGACAACAUCCUGGCCUUGGGGGGUGAUCCUAGCAAGGUGAUGAUCUACGGGCAGUCUGCUGGUGCAUGCAGCGUGUCCUCACACAUGCUGAUGCCUGGAUCCUACGGUCUCUACGCGCGGGCUAUCAUGGAGUCUGGCGGAUUUUCCGGGUGGUGCGCCCAGCCGAUGAAGACCAGUGAGUUUUGGUUCCAGAAGCUCAUGGAGCACACCAAGUGUGACACCACGGACUGCCUCGUUCAGCUGUCAUCGCAAGAGCUCAUCUCAGCGUACUUGGCAAUCCCAGACGGCCGUUGCUGCCGGCAGAUUGUUGGGUAUCCCUUCAUUCCGUGGGCCCCGACCAUUGAUGGCAUCGAACUCAAGGGCCACUCAAUGGACCUGUUGAAGCAGGGUAAGGUGAACAAGGUUCCGAUGGUCAUGGGAACGGCACUUGAUGAUGCUGCCGGCUUCUUCACAAACCACAGCCUUAGCACGGAGGACCUGGACACGCUAUUCGAUAAGUACGAGUCGCGUGCGGCUUCGAAGCCAUACCUGUCUGAAGCCCAUGCAACUUUGCAAAACUAUAGCAAUGCUUGGUGGGCUGCGGAGCGGGCUGUGACUGACCAGAACUUUUUCUGCCCAACGCAUUUCGCGAGCCGUACAUUGUCAAAUGCAACACAGACAUUCCAGUAUGUGCUUGCGCACUCCACUACUACUGCCCCAGUCGUCCAGCACGGUGACGAGAUCCCCCUUGUGUUCAUGAACCUGCCUCGUACUGCGUCUCCUGAGGAGAAGCAGUUGGCGGCAGAGAUGGCCACGUCCUGGUAUCGCAUGGCGUUGUCGGGCAGCCCCGGCGGGGAGCUGCCAUGGCCCAGGCAGACACCUCAGCUCGCCCCCCUCUUGAAGUUCCAGGUUUCCUCGGAGGGUGGCAGCCAGGUGAUGGAUUCUAAUUACCGGGAUGCCCUAUGCGCCUUUAUGCUUCAAUGGCUGGACAAAGCCAUUCAUGUGGCUGAAGGGUCUCAAGAAACGCACGAAGUUGUGAUUUGA